AUGGACUCGCUGCAAACGCUCCACGUCGAGAUCCCAGAACAUUUGACGGUUCCGCCGACGACGCACGGCGGCGAUCAGGCGCCACGAUCGCCUGCGGCGGUGUACCGCUCGGCGUAUGGCGCCGCGAGGAGUGCCGGCCAUCGAUUCUGGUACCGUCUGAGCGGGAAGGGGCGGAAGAGGGUGCCGGGCUGGGCGGAGAGUGUCGGGAACAUUCUCAAGUCCUCAUAUCUGAACAUCUUGUUCGCGGUCGUUCCCGUGGCGUGGAUAUCGCAUUACUUGAAGUGGAACAGCGCCGUCGUGUUUGUUCUAUGCUUUCUCUCCAUCAUCCCUAUGGAGGGUAUGCUGGACUGGGGAGGAGAACAGAUGACGUUGUAUCUGGGAAAGCAGUUUGGAGAUCUGCUGAUCAUCACGCUCAACAACGCUGUAGAGGCCGUUCUAGCGAUCGCUCUGCUCUUUCAGUGCGAACUGAGGUUACUGCAAGCGACUCUGGUGGGGGUCAUUCUACUCCAUCUUCUCCUUAUACCCGGUACCUCCUUCAUGGUCAACGGCAAGGAGAUUCAGCAUCAAGUACUGCAGUCGCAUCACUCGGGUCUCAACCAGUCCCUGCUUCUCAUGGGGGUUCUCGCGACCCUGCUGCCCACUGCGUUCUUUGCCGCGCUUGAUCGCGGGAACAACCCUACCCCGGUCUUUGUCAACGAAGAACUCUCCGUCGCGGUCGUGAGCGACUUCACACGCGGCGAGAUCCUCAAAAUCAGCCGCGGUCUCGCCAUACUGCUCAUCUUGGUGUACAUCCAGUCCCGCAAGUACCUGCACAACCCGACCGGGAAGAAGAGCGACGCGCUGGCGCUCCACGAGGACGAGCACGACGCGCUCAAGGAGCACGAGCUGCGGCUGCUGGAAGAGGAGCCGCUGACGAACCCGUGGGCGUGCCUCGUCAUGCUGCUCGUCGUCGUCGCGCUCCUCUCUGCGACGGCGGGGCUGCUCGUGAAGAGCAUCGAGAGCGUGCGUGAGGGCAGCAACAUCACCACAGAGUGGUUCGGCCUGAUCCUGCUGCCCGUCGUCUCCUACUCCGCGGACGGGACGGUGACGGUCGUGUUCUGGCUCGAGCGGCGCAUCCGCUCGCACAAGAAGAAGCAGCACAUCGAGCCCUCCAUCCUCGCCGAGGGGCGCGCGAUCGACCUGAGCAUCCAGUUCACGCUCUGGUGGACGCCGCUCGUCGUGCUCCUCGGCUGGUUCACUGGCCGGCCGAUGCACCUGCUGUUCGACUACUUCGAGGUCGCGAUCCUCGUCGGCUCGUGCUUCCUCGUCAACUACGUCACCGCGGACUCGAAGACGAACUGGGCGGAGGGGUUCAUCAUGAUCGUGUUCUACGUGAUGAUCGCCCUGACGGCGUGGUUCUACCCCGGACAACCAGAGAUCAAGUUGAUGCUUGAGUGCACGGCGACUGGCGUCACCGAGUUGUUGACGGCGGCGGCUGCAUCGGGAGCCGCGACCGAAGCUGCGUCUGAGGUGGCACGGUCUUUCGCGCGUACGGUUUUGGGAUAG